AUGAGAGCAGCUGUCCAAAGAGGCCGGAAUCUGCUGGUAGAUUUCAACAAGAGUAGCAAAUGGUACAAAAUACGCCCCUCGCCUACAAGGAGCUCGAAGAGGAGUCGUUUGUGUCGAGAUGAAGACGAACCCCCGCAGCAGCGCAUCUCUUCCAGAUCCCCUCGGAGGAGCCAGAAAGUCUCCACCACUCCACAGAAGUUUUCAAAUGUCAUGACGCCAGAUAAGAAGGCUUCACAGAAAAUAGGGCUGAGGUUAAGAAACCUUCUUAAGCUACCCAAAGCUCACAAAUGGUGCAUCUAUGAAUGGUUUUAUUCCAAUAUUGACAGACCCCUUUUUGAAGGCGACAAUGAAUUCUGCUUGUGCCUCAAAGAGUCUUUCCCCAACCUGAAAACAAGAAAACUGACGAGAGUUGAGUGGGGAACAAUCAGGAGACUGAUGGGGAAACCUCGACGGUGUUCCCCAGCAUUCUUUAAUGAAGAGAGAGCGGCGCUGAAGCAGAAACGUCAGAAAAUGCGACUUUUGCAGCAAAGAAAACUGUCUGACUUGUCAAACUGCAAAGACCUUCCUGAUGAAAUCCCUUUACCGCUCAUCAUAGGAACUAAAGUUACCGCUCGUCUCCGAGGCGUCCACGACGGACUUUUCACGGGUCAGAUUGACGCUGUCGACACCACCGCUGCAACGUACCGUGUGACGUUCGACCGCAGUGGUCUAGGAACUCAUACUGUGCCCGAUUAUGAAGUCUUGAGCAAUGAACCCAACGAGACCAUGCCCAUUUCAGCCUUUGCACAGAAGCAUCGGUCAACACGGUACAUGCAGAACCUUGUGACUCCUCCCAGAGGACCCUACCCAUCUGUCACCACCCCUGUUCACCUGGACAAUGAUCCUCUCAUGAACGCUUCACCGUGGAAGAACAAACUGCCCAGUGCAGAGGGAGAUACACUGGGAGGAUUUCCUGUUAAAUUCCUGGUCCAAGUUACGAGGCUGUCCAAAAUCCUCAUGAUCAAGAAAGAGCACAUCAAGCACUUAAAAGAAAUGAACACAGAAGCUGAGAAACUGAAGUCGUACUCGUUGCCCAUUGACCUGGACUUUCAGAAGCGAUAUGCUACCACUGUGCUCGAGCUCGAACAUCUCAACAAAGAUCUGAACAAAGUUCUUCAUGAAGUUCAGCAGUUCUGCUGUGAACUCGCUCCAGAUCAGGGCAUGGUUCCAGCCGACCAUCCCACAGAGCUGCGGCGGCGUUGUGAAGAGGAGGCUCAGCAGAUGGUGCAGCAGGGCAGUUUCCAGAGAGACGGACAGCAGAGUGUGACAAAUCCCAGCCUCACACACCUCAUCUCCCGCCUGACCACACUGCUUCUGCAGAUAAAGCCCGACUGCCCGUCUGCGGGAGUAGCGUGUUCGCCCUCCUAG